GCUCUGCAACGUUUAUUUAAUUAACUAGGCUUCAUGUUUUGAGAUCCAAACACGAGAAAAAUGAUGGUUCACAGUAUUCUCCCUGUUAGUCAACUUCAUAUUACUCCAACUUGCGUUCACCCUAAAGUUGGAAAGCAAUGGCCUCACCAAUUUGGCUUGACUGCGAGGCCAAUGCAUCCAAAGCUUUCAAAUGGCUCUAAAGUGAGAGCAACUUUGGAUGCUGCUAGUAAAUCAAUUGAGAUACCCCGGCAAUGGUACAAUCUGAUUGCAGAUCUUCCAGUGAAACCACCUCCACCAUUGCAUCCUAAGAGUUAUGAACCAAUCAAACCAGAAGACUUGUCACCCCUUUUUCCUGAUGAGUUAAUUAGACAAGAGACAACCAGUGACAGAUUCAUAGACAUACCAGAUGAAGUUCUUGAUGUUUACAAGCUUUGGCGCCCUACCCCUCUUAUUAGAGCCAAGAGACUAGAGAAGCUGCUUGAUACGCCGGCUAGAAUUUACUAUAAGUAUGAAGGAGUAAGCCCCGCGGGAUCACACAAACCAAACUCUGCUGUUCCACAAGCCUGGUAUAAUGUACAAGAAGGCAUAAAAAAUGUUGUGACAGAAACUGGUGCUGGUCAGUGGGGAAGUGCAUUAGCCUUUGCAUGCAGCAUAUUUGGCCUUGGCUGUGAGGUGUGGCAAGUGCGUGCUUCUUAUGAUUCAAAACCAUAUAGGAGAUUGAUGAUGCAAACAUGGGGUGCAAAGGUACACCCAUCUCCAUCUAUGAUUACUGAGGCAGGUCAGAGAAUACUUCAACAGGAUCCAUCAACCCCAGGUAGUUUAGGCAUAGCUAUAUCAGAAGCUGUGGAGAUUGCUGCUAAAAAUGCCGAUACCAAGUACUGCUUGGGGAGUGUACUCAACCAUGUUCUACUCCACCAAAGUGUUAUAGGAGAAGAGUGCCUCAAACAACUGGAAGCUAUUGGAGAAACCCCAGAUGUGAUCAUAGGAUGCACUGGUGGUGGAUCCAACUUUGCAGGACUUAGUUUUCCAUUCAUUAGAGAGAAGCUCAAUAAGAAAAUCAAUCCUGUUAUAAGAGCAGUUGAACCUACAGCAUGUCCUUCAUUAACAAAAGGGAUAUAUACAUAUGAUUAUGGUGACACUGCAGGGAUGACCCCCUUGAUGAAAAUGCACACACUUGGGCACAACUUUGUUCCCGAUCCAAUUCAUGCUGGGGGUUUGCGUUAUCAUGGUAUGGCACCAUUGAUCUCACAUGUUUUUGAUUUGGGUUUAAUGGAAGCAAUUGCAAUUCCACAAACUGAAUGUUUUAAUGGUGCCAUACAAUUUGCCAGGUCUGAAGGGUUAAUACCAGCACCUGAGCCAACUCAUGCCAUAGCUGCAACUAUAAGAGAAGCUAUUCAUUGUAGAGAGACUGGAGAGCCCAAGGUUAUUGUGACAGCAAUGUGUGGGCAUGGCCAUUUUGACCUACCAGCUUAUGAAAAGUAUUUGCAGGGUAAUAUGGUUGACCUCUCAUUACCUGAGGACAAGGUGAAAGCUUCACUGACUGAUAUUCCUCAGGUGGCACGUUGAAGCUCUUGUAGUACCCUCGAGGGACAUGGAAGAUAAAGGCCUAGUUUGGAUUAACUUUUUAAUAAGUAUUUAUG